AUGGUAGUUUUCUUCUCGAAUGAUUCGCCUCCCACUCGAAGCUACAUGGGCCGGAUGGGCGGCGGUGGAGGCAACAGCGGUGCUGUCAGUGGUGGCAGCCAAGGCAAUCAACCCGGUGGCGAUUCAAAAGACAUUCGGCGACGGGUCAGUCAUAACGAAGUGGAACGACGACGUCGAGAUCGAAUUAACACGUGGAUUGCCGAGCUUUACAAACUCCUUCCGCCGGAACAACAGGCAAAAUCACAAUACCAGAGUAAAGGCGUCGUGCUGAAACGCGUCUGUGAGUACUUCCAGAAUUAUGACUCCAACCUCAAGGCGUUACGAGAGGAAAACGCCAUAUUCAAACAGGAGAUAUGUCGUCUCACACGGGAAAAUCACAUCCUUCGUGAUAGUCUGAAAGCGCAUUUCCAACAACAACAGCAGCAGCAACAACAACAACAACAGCAGCAGAGUGCGACAAUGACGACGACAGUGUCCACAUCAAGUGAGGUUUCAAAGGCGCCAUCGCCUUCAAAGCGGUCGCACUUCUCCACCGACUAG